GUAGUCUUGGUGUGUAAUAAUUAUAUUGUUAUCAAUAAGAAAAUUAAUUAGAAGUAGGUAGCAUCAGAAGUUUGUUUUUAGAAGAAAAAAAAGGUAAAGGAAAAAAGACAGCUUCAUAGGGAAAUGCAUAUGAUUUAGAGGAACCCUUUUAAAGAAAAAAAUCGGAGCAAACAGAAGUCUUGGUUUAAAGCUUGUAAGUUUUCAUGGAUAACAAGGCCUGCAAUAUAGUGCAACCAGUAGUGAGAAAAGCAAAAAAGAAGCAGGUGAAGGAUGAGUUGGAUCGUAUUAAACAGGCAGAGAAGAAAAAGAGGCGCUUGGAGAAAGCCCUUGCUACUUCUGCUGCCAUCCGUUCUGAACUAGAAAAAAAGAAACAGAAAAAGAAGGAAGAACAGCAGAGGCUUGAUGAGGAAGGUGCUGCAAUUUCUGAGGCUGUUGCUUUGCAUGUCCUACUUGGUGAAGACGCUGAUGAUUCGUGUAAGAUUAUGCUAAACAAGAAAGAGGGGUUCAACUGUUGGGAUUAUGCUAGCAAUUUUGAUCUAUUUAUGGGUGAAGGAAGAGCUUGCCUUCCCCAUCAGACUCACACAAACUGUGAAGGGUGGGUCACUAAUGCGUGUAGAGCUGGAUGCCAGUGGACUGAGUUUGGAAAUAGUGACUGGUCCUUCUCAUAUGGAGCUUAUGGAAGGGAUCUACAUGCACCAUGUUUUGAGGAUGGAGGCUGGGGAAGUGCAGGACUUUCGGCUGGUCUUAUUGCAGCUCAGGCUGUUUCAGCACUCCAGAUUACAGAGGAUGCAGAGGUCGACAGGAUUGUCAUCAACGGGAUGUUGAGAAGCUAGACAACCGUUUUGUUGUUAUGUUGCCAUGUUGCCUGGAGUCUUUGCUCAUAAGUCUGAAUAAUGGUGCUGUAUAUAUUUUUCAUCACUCUGUCAGUCAUCUGUUUCUUGUACAGCUUCUUCAGUAUUGAAGCUUGUUGCACUAUCUUGCUCUCUGUUUACCAUUUUAUCAAAUGGUCCAUUUCUUGAUAGUGUUCUUUUUCCUCAACAUGAAUGAUUUCGAAGAUACUUUUGAGGCAUGAAUUAACUGGCACUCACUAUCUCAAUGCAUUGAUACAUGUUUUAUUGUUAA